CGCUGCCAUGUCUGGCUCCGCCUGCAGGACGAGCCGGACAAAGCCAGAGACUGCACCAGACAGCGGCCGGGACCCCCAGCAGAAGCCGGCCGUCUACCGGAGAUGGCUGUGUCCGAGCCCAGGGACCGCGCCGCGGGAUCAGUAACAUUCAAAGACGUGACUAUGACCUUUACCCAGAAGGAAUGGGAACAGUUAGAUCCAGCUCAGAGGACUCUCUACAAGGAUGUGAUGCUGGAGAACUAUAGCAAUCUCGCCUCUGUGGAAAAAGCACAGAAAGAAGAUGAACAACUCGAAAAUCAGAAAUCUCAAAACAAGCUCCCUAUGGAAGUCGCAGUCAAGAAAAAAUCCUUAACUAAGAAGAAAGGCCAGGAAUGUAGUUCACUUGGGAAAAAGCAUGUGGGUACAAAACAUGUUUCUUCAAAGAAAAAGUUGCUUAAAUUUGAUUCACAUGGAAAGAAUUUGAAACAGAGUUUAGAUCUAUCUGGUCACAAAAGAAAUCAUGCAAAAAAGAAACCCGAUGUGACUAAAGAGCACAGGAAAACAAUCAGCAACAACUUAUCUGAUAUAAAGAAAGACAAAAAUCAAACUGAAAAGAAACCCAAGAAAUUACCCAAACAUAGCUCAACUACGAAGUGUGACAAAACCCAGUCUGGCAAGAAACAUGAGAAAUUAGCUCGUCACUGCCCCUCCAGUCCUAAGGGAGACAGAAUUCAAACUGGAGGCAAAAAAGAGAAACCCUCUAGACGUAGUUCCUCUUCUACACGCGCCAAAACUCAAACUAAAGUGAAAUCCUAUAAAUGUAAUCAAUGUGGGAAGCUUCUCAGCCAUAAGCAAGCACUCACUGACCAUCAGAGAAUACAUACUGGGGAGAAACCAUACGAAUGCAAUGAAUGUGGGAUAGCUUUUGGCCAAAAGUCACACCUUGUUGUACAUCAAAGAACUCACACUGGAGAAAAACCGUAUGAAUGUGACAAGUGUGGUAAAGCCCAUGGUCACAAGCAUGCCCUCACGGACCAUCUCAGAGUUCACACUGGGGAAAAGCCCUAUAAAUGUACCGACUGUGGGAAAACCUUCAGACACAGUUCAAACCUCAUUCAGCAUGUGAGAUCUCACACAGGUGAAAAGCCAUAUGAAUGUAAGGAAUGUGGAAAAUCUUUUAGAUAUAACUCAUCUCUGACUGAACACGUGAGAACGCAUACAGGUGAGAUACCCUAUGAAUGUAAUGAGUGUGGAAAAGCCUUUACAUACAGUUCGUCACUUACUAAGCAUAUGAGAAUCCACACCGGUGAGAAACCCUUUGCGUGUAAUGAGUGUGGGAAGGCUUUUAGCAAGAAGUCACACCUAAUUAUACAUCAAAGGACUCAUACUAAAGAGAAACCAUAUAAAUGUAAGGAUUGUGGGAAAGCCUUUGGACAUAGCUCGUCUCUUACGUACCACAUGAGAACUCACACCGGGGAAAGUCCUUUCGAAUGUAAUCAGUGCGGGAAGGCCUUCAAGCAAGUCGAAGGCCUUACUCAGCACCAGAGAGUUCAUACCGGGGAAAAACCCUAUGAAUGUAAUGAAUGUGGUAAAUCCUUUAGCCAAAAGUCACAUCUCAUUGUACACCAGAGAACCCAUACUGGGGAGAGACCCUAUGAGUGUAAUGAAUGUAGAAAAGCCUUCACUGCCAAGUCACAGCUUGUCAUACAUCAGAGAUCCCACACAGGAGAGAAACCCUUUGAAUGCAAUGAAUGUGGUAAAGCAUUCAAGCAAAAUGCGUCUCUUACCAAACAUCUGAAGACUCAUUCUGAAGAGAAAUCUCAAGGCUAAAUUUAUUGUGCCACCUUUUUUUUAAAAAAAAAACAACUGAAUUCAAGGUUUUAUUUAACCAUAGAAACAUUGUGAACUUUAGGAUACUAGAAUGCCUCUAAGAGG